AUGUCCUGCGUCCGCAGCCUCCUCUGCCUCCUGGCGGCCCUGGCGGCCCGUGGCACCGUCGCCUUCUUCGGCUACUGUGUUUACUUCGACCGGAAGCGGCGCUGCGACCCCGCGCACAAGCGCCGCCUGCGGGACAAAAGAAGAGCCCAACAGCCAGAGGCCGAGGAGCCGGGCGCGCAGUUGUGAGAUCCAGCAAAGAAUGAGAAACUGCAAGAACUUUAUUUGCAAGAGGUACAGAUGGGAGAACCUUGGUUAUCUAGAGGAGAGCAUAUAAUGGGGGUUGAACAUCUCGGCAAUGCCCUUUUAGUGUGUGGACAACCACAGGAACUUCUGAAGGUUUUCAAACACACACUUCCUCCCAAGUUAUUUGAGAUGCUGUUGCACAAAAUUCCCUUUAUUUGCCAGCAAUUUGAGGCAGAAAUGAAUAAACAGGAAUGCUGGGAGGAUGAUCCUGACUGAAAAACAUUUCAACGUAUCCACAGUCAAGUCAGAAUGCUAUAUGGUAUAUAUAGUAUAAACAAUCAGUGAUGUUUCCAUUUAUUUUACUUUUAGUAAUAAAAAAUUUUUUAUAUCUCAUACAUGAUUGAACACAUAUUUUGCUUUAAAAUUAACAGUCACAAUUGAAGAAACAAUGGUUUAUUUUUCUAAUCAAGUGACCAACUGCUGAAUCUUAAGGCCUCAACAAAUGUUGCAUUUUAUUAUUUUCACUGAACAUUAAGACCUUCUAUCUUGAUUAUUCCUGGUAAAUAGAUUUUGUUUCUCCAGUGGUUUCCAUUUGCCAGACAGUCACGACAGAUGGUUUAACAUUGUGGCUACUGCUUUCAGGGCAUUCUAUCAGAUGAAUCCACAUUUCCAGUGCAACAGCUGUUGGCAAUCUUUCAUUGAAAGU